AUGCAUCUAUCGCGUCUUCUUCUCGCGGUCUCCGGCGUGACCGGGGCCGUCGCCCUCCGUGACCACCCCUUGAUGCGCCGGGCCGACGACAACGCCCCGGAGACGGCCGUGAACAAGACCACGGUUGAGCCGAAGCGCUUCAUCGUCGAGUUUAAUCAGGGAGCUGAUGCCUCCGCCGUUGCCGACGAUAUCGCCAAUCAGCGCGGCGCAAAGGUGCUUCGGGUAUUCAAGAGUGACGUCUUUACCGGCGCGGCUGUCGAGACCGAUGUCGAGAACAUCGACUCGCUGCAAGCGCUUGAGCCUAUCAAGCAGGCGUGGCAGGGACGAAAGUACAAGCUGGCGCCCAGCGCGCCUCUGGCGUCCUUCAGCGAGAAUGCGACGGCCAUCGGCUAUGAUGUCCACCACAUGACGGGUGUCGACAAGCUGCAUGCUGCCGGUGUUCUGGGCAAAGGCGCCAAGGUUGCUGUCGUCGAUACCGGUAUCUGGUACACCCAUGAGGCUCUUGGUGGUGGCUUUGGCGAUGGCUUCAAAGUUGCGGGAGGCUAUGACUUUGUGGGUGAUGGAACAUGGCCAAAUGAUGGUGAGGUCAAGAACCCAGACGCCGACCCGUUGGACCAGCAAGGUCACGGAACACACGUCGCCGGUAUUAUCGCCGGCAAUAGCAGCAUCCUUACUGGAGUUGCUCCCGAAGCCACGUUGUAUGCAUACAAGGUGUUUGGCAGCGUCGAUGGGACGGACGAGGACACCCUCAUCGAGGCUUUCCUCACGGCGUAUGACGCCGGUGUCGACAUCAUCACUUCGUCUAUUGGCGGCAUCAGUGGUUUUCCGGAUAACGCUUGGGCCGUUGUAGCCUCGAGGCUUGUCGACAAGGGUGUUGUUGUCACGAUCUCCGCGGGCAACGACGGCCAGGCAGGUGCAUUCGCUGCCAGCAGUGGAUCAUCCGGCGAGCAUGUUGUUGCAGUUGCAUCAGUUGAGGCCGAUGUGUUGGCAUCGUCGUCUUUCAGGGGCGUCUUCAACUUGGACGGGCAGUCCAACGAGACUCGCGUCGCCUACCGAGCUGUAGAGGACUGGUACCCUUCUGAUGUGAAGGACUGGCCUAUUGUGCCCCUGAGCCUCAACACCAGCACGGCCGAUGAGGCAUGCAAUACUCUCCCGCCUGGCACUCCUGAUCUGACUGGCGUUGUUGUAUUGGUGCGCCGUGGAGGCUGCAACUUCGAUCAGAAGCAGCGCUACCUCGCUCCUUUCAAUGCCUCCCACAUUCUUUUUUACAGUAACGACAUGCCUUUGGUGAGGCCUACCACUGAGGACACCAGCAGUCGAAUUGCCAUGGUCGAAGCUGGUGUUGGUGCUGCCAUCAUCGGCACCAUCAAGGCUGGCGGAAACGUCACGGCUGACUUCACUGAGCGCCCCAUCUUCAACAUUGUUGGUAUCAAGAACGAGGAGAACGGCGGUGUUGCCAGCUCCUUCACUUCCAUUGGUGCCACCAAUGAUCUCUUCAUCAAGGCUGACGUUGCGGCGCCCGGCGGGCAAAUUCUCAGCUCCUAUGUUGGGGGCGGUUACUCCAUCCUCAGCGGGACGAGUAUGUCAUGCCCGUAUGUUGCCGGAGUCGCUGCCCUAUACGUCAGCAAGUUCGGUGGUCGCAGUGUCUACGGUCCUGAAUGGGCGAAGAGUCUUGCCAUGCGCAUGAUAUCUUCCGGCGAAGCCAUCAAGUGGGAUGAUGGAGCGCUGGAGAACAACGAAUAUCCCUUCUAUGCUUCUGUCGCCCAGGUCGGCACUGGCCUCAUCAACGCCAGCAAGGUGCUUGAUUAUGAGACCACACUUUCGUUUGCCAAGUUCGCCCUGAACGACACCCACCACUUCAGCCGAUACCACUCCGUCGACAUCACCAACUCUGGAACCGAGCCGGUGACCUACAGUUUUGAGCAGCAAGAGUUUGGCGGCAUGAACACCGUCAACCUGGAUCCGACCGCCUGGGGAACUCCCAAGAUCGCGUGGGGUGAGGAGGUCUUGGCCACGCCACAGAAAAUGACCCCUCAGAUCUCCUUCCCUGGCGCCGUCACCAUCCAGCCAGGAGAGACCAAGACCACCCAGUUCAACUUCAAGUACCCCGAGAGCCAGGAUCUCGACCCCGCCAAACUCCCCUUGUACAGUGGAAAGGUCCUGAUCAAGGGUAGCAACGGCGAGACGCUCGGCGUCCCGUACAUGGGACUGGCUGCUGACCUGCACAAGGACAUCGGCAUCAUGUUCCAGUACCCGGUCGGGUGGCCACAGAUGACAUCCACCCGAAGUGACAUUCCCAUCGCUCAGAAGUCCAACUUCACCUUCAACCUCGACCCCGAAGUUCAGGACUUCCCCAACGUGUACACGCGUGCCCAGUAUGCCACGCGAGAGUUGAGGUGGGACAUCUUUGAGGAGUCAUGGACUGAACGGGAUUGGAAGUACCCUCCUGUGGUCGGCGAGGCAGGCUUCGUGGGAGCUGCGACGAGCUGGUCGAAGGCGCUGGGCAAGAACUACAUCGAUCCCAGUGUCGAUGACCCCAACGACCUCAUCACCCUUCCCAUGCGUGAUGUGCCUAGAGACAUCGUAGGUUUAUACGGUACAGAGCUGUGGUGGCUCGGACGAUUGGCGAACGGCACUCAAAUCGCGCCGGGCAAGUACAAGAUGCGGUUCGCUGCUCUUUUCCCGUUCGGAAACCCAGAAGCCUCAGACAACUGGGAUGUUUUCGAGACCCCGGCUUUUGAGGUUCUGCCAUUGGAGAGUUGA